AUGAUUACUACCGGCAGUGCAUUUAGCUUAGCAGCAAUGAUCAGUUUAAAACCAACCCUACUUGUCGUUAUGAUUAUUUCCACUAUACAGAUUAGUGAAACAGCUGUGGCAUCCAAUCCUCGUACAUUCAAUUCAAAUUCAUGGAGAGGCAAUACGUAUCUCGUAUCCUAUCCAGUCUCAGAACGUUCACCAUAUGCGAUGGCACGGCAGGAUCAGCAAACGAAUCUCCCGGGUCCUAGAACAAAAUACAUCAACCGUUACUCCACUUUUCAGUCUGAUGUACCGUCCUAUCCACUAUUUGUGCAACCAACCAUGAAUCCUGAUCCCAAACAACCAACAUAUUUAGUUGAACAACAACCUGUACAAAGUCACACAACUAUCACGUAUCCUAGUGACCAACAAAUCCAACCAACUGCAACAAACACUGUUUCUGAUGACGAAAUGGAAAUCACGCCUAGGACAAUUGCUCAGAACCCACAGUACUCAGACUCUUCUAUUGUUGGUGGCCCGGAUGAUGGAGUUAUCGGGAGUAAUGGCGGUAUUCUCGGGAGUCCGCAAGAUGUCGCAGUAGUUGAAAGUGCAGGUCAAUCACUUUAUUCCGGUGAUAUGAGACAAAACCAAUAUUUGUAUCCUAGUCCAGUACCACCAGAUCCAAGACUUUAUAGUUCGCCCAUGAAUCCGCCUCGAUAUCAAUUAGAUAAACGUAUCAAUACUGCAUACUAUGGGAUAGGUCAAUAUGAACAGCCGUUGUACAGUCAAGUACCUAGAGGAACUAUGCCCUCAUCACAGUAUACAAAUGGACUUACAAGCGCUAGUAUGUAA